UGCAGUGAGCAGAGUAUUUGUCAGGCGCGCGCCUCCGUCAUGGUCUACGAUGACACCAGUAAAAAGUGGGUGCCGAUUAAACCAGGUCAACAGGGCUUCAGUCGAAUCAACAUCUACCACAACACAACCAAUAACACAUUCCGUGUGGUGGGCGUCAAACUCCAAGACCAGCAGGUCGUCAUCAACUACUCAAUAGUGAAGGGACUCAAGUACAACCAAGCGACUCCAACCUUCCACCAGUGGCGGGAUGCGCGGCAGGUGUAUGGACUGAACUUCGCCAGUAAAGAGGAGGCCACUACAUUCUCCAAUGCCAUGCUGUUCGCCCUCAACGUCCUCAGCACACAAGAUGGAGGUCCUGCUGUCCAGCGUCCAGUCCAGAACGGAUCCAGCACAGAAGAACUGGAGGUGCAGAGAAGGCAAAUGGAGAUUCAGACUCAAAUUGAGCGGGAGAGACGAUCAUCCAACUCAGGUUCCCCGUUUCAAGGUCACCCAGCUGUUCUCUCUGUAGCUCCGCCCACUGUAGUGCCGCCCCCUCUGUCCAUGGGCGGGCCGUGUCAUCCUCCUCCGCCCCCUCCAGGACCGCCCCCUCCCUCAGCUGGAGCUCCGCCCCCUCCUCCUCCUCCUCUGCCCGUGGGGGGGUACGGGGCGGCACAGGACGUGUCUCACGAGCCCACCGGUCUCGCUGCCAUGAUCGCUGGAGCCAAACUGCGUCGCGUGCAGAGGUCGGAGGAAAUCUCUGCGUCUGGAGCCAAAACCGAUGCCAACCGGACGAGUGGAAGCAGCGGAGGCCUGAUGGAGGAGAUGAACGCGCUGCUGGCACGGAGACGGAGAGCAGUGGAUGAAAAGAAAGAUGGAGAUGGCCAGAAUGUGAGAAAAGACCUUUAAAAAUCUUCAUGUGUCAAGUAGUAAUGCAAUCGUUGCAUGUUGUUUACACAAAGUUUUAUUUUAUACUUUAUAACAAAAAUAUUUUAAAACUAAUUUGUUUCACACUACUUACGCCAACAUUUCAUUUGAAGAAUUGUAGCAUUUAUGAGAUUGUCUCUGUAUGGAUUGAUUCAACACUUUGAACUUUCAGCCCCAGAAAAUCAUCUAAAUUAAGGCCAGUUUAUUAAAAUCUUCUGCUUCGAAACUACUCCGUCAGCUCCACGCAUGUACA